AUGGACGAUGAGCACGACUUUGCCUUGCCGGCAGCCAAGCGACAACGUGUAGACGACACAGAUGUUCUCCCAGCAAGACCGACCGGCUCGCGGUUGUUUGCACCAUUUCGAAACAUCGGACUGGUCUCUCCUACUGCAGUGCCCUUCACGUCUGUACCUUUGGGAAAGACAACCUUCCAGAUCACAACCUCUGUCGGCCGCAGCUUGCAAAGUUACGAUCUUCGCAGAGGCCUCCAGCUGGUCUUUCUGAGCCGACCUCAAUGUCCGGAAGCCAUCACUGCGACAUGCGCCUAUCGAGAUCGAGUAUUUGUCGCCUGGGGCGGACUUGCUGGGAAGGAGCAGGGAGUCUGGGUCGUGAAGAGGGGGAAAUUGAUUGCAGAGCUCGAGCGACCGCAAGUAUCUCAGCAGAUUGACGCUGUCCUGGUCUUUGGAACAUGGAUUGUCGCCUGUGGAAAGCAGGCCAUUGAGGUCUGGCGGAACGGAACAUACGAACACUAUACCACAAUUGUGCCCACGCUGUCCUCGAGUGUCGGCGGCUCGUUCUCUGGCAAGAUCUGCACCUUGCCAACAUACCUGAACAAGAUUUUCGUGGGCUGCUCAAAUGGCAACAUCGAGAUCUACAAUCUCAGCACAGCAAAGCUCGUCCAUACCUUUCAUGCGCCUUCCGCAAGUGCUGGUCAUGUCACUGCUCUCGCUCCGGCAAUGGCACUUAGUGUUCUUGCUGUCGCGUAUAGAGACGGGUCUCUUAAGAUCUACAACGUCGACACAGAAGACACUAUAAUCUCCGUCAGCGCCCGAUCAGGCACGCCAGUUACGUCAAUCACCUUUCGAAGCGAUGGCGUCGGUGCAGGAACUGAUGGACGCAAAGAUGGUGUCAUGGCCACCGCAAGCAUCGAAAGCGGUGACAUCACGCUAUGGGACCUCAAUCGUGGUGGUCGUAUCACUGGCGUGCUUCGAGGAGCUCACGAGACAUCUGCACUGUCAAAGGCUUCUGGUAUAUCCGGACUCGAAUUCCUCCCUGGCCAACAAGUGUUAGUUUCUUCAGGGCUGGACAACGCGCUUCGAUCUUGGGUCUUCGACGCAGCUCCUUUCUCACCCACACCUCGCCUUCUCCAUCAAAGAAGCGGCCAUGCUGCGCCGGUUACUGAACUCAUGUUCUUACCAGCGGCAUCAGACGGCUCAGAGGCCGCUGGCAAAUGGCUUCUCUCUGCAGGUCAGGAUCGAAGCUUGUGGGGUUUCAGCCUGCGCAAAGACGGCCAGAACACGGAACUCAGCCAGGGAAAUGUCAAGAGCAAAGCCAAAAAGACAGGACAGCUGUCCGAAGAUCGUUCCGCAAUCGAAGAUUUCAAAGCGAGCCCCAUUAUUGACAUUGCCUGUUCUCUGAACCGCGACGGGGGCAUGGGUGCUGUCACCGGCAACCCGUGGAGCAAUGAUCGUAAGACUACGGCCGAGGAGUCAAGUAUGACUGGUUGGGAAAGUGUCGUCACCGCACACGCAGAUGAUCGAUAUGCACGAACUUGGUCAUGGGGUCGCAAGAAGGCCGGCAGAUGGACUUUCGAAACCGGCGACAAACAACCUGCUAGCAGUGUUGCCAUCACUCAGUGCGGCACAUUUGCUUUGGUGGGUUCGGCCAAGGGUGCUCUUGACAUGUACAACCUGCAAUCCGGCGUACAUCGACAACGCUUCCCGGCCAGACUCAAGCCGUCUCAGGCCAAGGAGAUCCAGGCGAACCCAGAUGCCGCAGAUGCAAUGCUAGCCACACGCCGCGGCCACAGAGCCGCCGUGACUGGCAUCGUGGUCGACAGCCUGAACCAGACCGUCGUCUCGGCGGCCUUGGACGGGACCAUCAUAUUCUGGUCGUUCACCACCGGCCUCGUAGAGCAUCGGCUCAACCUACCGGAUGCAUCUGCUUUGACGCUCCGCUAUUCACCCUCCUCAUCCCUCCUUGCCCUGUCCUGUGACGAUCUGUGUAUCCGCAUCCUUGAUCUCGAGUCACGACGGAUAGUACGAGAGCUCUGGGGCUGUGUAGGUCCCAUUAACAGCUUGACGUUCUCGCACGAUGGCCGGUGGAUCAUCGCAUCAUCAAUGGACAGUGUGGUUAGAGUCUUUGACCUUGCCACGGGCCAUCUUAUAGACGCUUUCAGGUUGUCGCCGACCUGCACAAACGUCGCCUUCAAUUCCACAGGUGAAUAUCUUGCCACGACCCACGCAGGAACACUAGGAAUUCAGAUCUGGGCCAACAAGUCUCUUUUCUCACACAUCGACCCGCAGCCGAUAUCUGAGGAAACCGGUAUCAUUGACCUUACAAGCACAGCUUCAACUCUAGCGCCACUGUCGGCCUUCGCCAUUAUCGACACUGAGGGCACCACCCAGCAGGUCGAUGCGCCAUGGUCCUCCGCAUCAACAACAGAUCAGCUCUCAACCUCGCUACUGACCCUCUCACUCCUACCACGCUCCCGCUGGACAACACUCCUCAAUCUCGAUACCAUCCGACAACGCAACAAGCCCAUCGCACCGCCCGAAAAGCCGAAGGCUGCUCCUUUCUUCUUAGGCUCCGCCCUCGCCCUGACCAACGGAACCUCCAAGGCCAGUGGUGGCAGCGAGCAGACCAAUAACGAGCUCUCACGAAUCACUGCCCCGCCAUCAUCAGCUUUCACAACGACCAGCUCAGCAACAGAAACAGGCCUCCUCUCUUUGCUCGAUGUCCCGCUCGAUGGCAGUCUGUCUGCCGCUCCCUCAACGACACCAUCCUCAACGGCACAUCCACUAAUUUCCCAACUCCUCGCCCUUCCUCCAUCCGCGACCUCCACCUUUCUGCGCACACUCCCGCUCUCCAAACUCUCCUUCUUUAUCACCAUCCUCACGGCGCAUCUACGCACUACACGCCGCGAUUUUGAGGUCAUCAACACAUACAUCAGCCUGCUCCUGAAGUAUCACGCCGAGUUCUCGGCAGUGGAUGAUGUCGCAGAAGCAUUGGAGGAGUACCAGAGGGUCAACGAGGACGAGGGCCAGAGGCUGGGAGAACUUGUCGGAUUUGCAGGCGGGGUUCUGAGGGGCUGGUUGGGCAGCGCGCGAUAG